GUCACAGCAGCAGCAGUACCUGCAGCAGCAGUCAUGCCCAAGAUGGCUCACCAGAGGACAUAUCUCGUGCUGGAGAACUACAUAGGGGGGAAAUUUACGCCGUGCUCGAGUCACAUCGAUUCCUACGACCCCUCCACAGGGGAGGUGUACUGCAAAGUGCCGGACAGUGGCGAGCAGGAGGUGGAACUGGCCAUCAGUGCUGCCCAGGAAGCCUUCCCCGAGUGGUCAUCGAAGAGCCCGGAGGCUCGUUCCCAGAUACUGUACAAGCUGGCGGACCUGAUUGAGGCUCACCUGGAAGAAUUUGCUCAGGCAGAGUCAAAGGAUCAAGGGAAGACGAUAACUGUGGCCAGAAACAUAGAAAUACCUUGAGCGUCUUACAAUUUCCGUUUCUUCGCCUCGUCCAUCCUCCACCACACCACCGACUGCACACAGAUGGAUCGCAUGAGCUGCACGCACUUCACCGCUCGAACUCCAGUGGGAGUAGCUGGCCUCAUCAGCCCCUGGAAUAUGCCACUAUACCUCCUGACCUGGAAGAUAGCUCCAGCCAUCGCCAUGGGCAAUACGGUCAUUGCCAAACCCAGCAAUGACCUCGUCACGGCCUGGAUGAUGUGCAAGCUGUUCGAUGAAGCAGGCCUCCCGCCUGGUGUGGUGAACAUAGUCUUUGACACUGGUGGGACUGCAAUUGUCUCUCACCCUAAUGUGCUGCUGAUAUCGUUCACUUGAAGCACCUCGACUGCACAGUACAUCCGAGAGGCAAGUGCUCCGUAUUGUAAAAGACUCUCCUUGGAGCUGGGAGGGAAGAACCCAGCCAUCAUCUUUGAUGACGCAAACCUGGAUGAAUGUGUCUCGACCACAGUGCGAUCAAGCUUCAGUAACCAGGGUGAAAUCUGCCUGUGUACCAGCAGAAUUUUUGUUCAAAAGAAUCUUUACAAAGCGUUUUUGGAGAUUGUGGAAGCCUCCAGGAAAUGGAAGGUUGGCCUUCCCUCUGACCUGACUGCUAACAUGGGUGCUCUUAUCAGUAAAGAGCAUUUACAGAAGGUGAAGGGCUACAUCAGUCAAGCCCAGAAAGAAGGAGGAAAAAUCCUCUGUGGAGAAGGAAUCGAAUCGUUGGAUAUUCCUGAUAAAAACAAAAUGGGCUAUUUCCUCUUGCCUACAGUAAUUACAGAUAUGAUGGAUGAUUCUUGCUGUAUGCAGGAGGAGAUCUUUGGCCCAGUGACCUGCGUGGUGCCCUUUGAAACGGAAGAAGAAGUCAUCCAACGAGCCAACAAUGUAAAGUUUGGCUUGGCUGCUACUGUGUGGUCACAGGAUGUGGGCCGCGUACACAGAGUUGCCAAGAAGCUUCAUACUGGGAUGGUGUGGACCAAUUGCUGGCUUAUUCGAGACCUGAAUUUACCAUUUGGUGGCAUGAAAGCCUCAGGCGUUGGCAGAGAAGGGGCCAAAGACUCAUUUGAGUUUUUCACGGAGGUGAAAACCAUCACCAUGAAGCACUGAGUGUGCAUCGUAAGCUGCACCCCAACCGGAAAUCAUUACAAGAGAAUCGUUUUCAAAUGAAAAAAAAGGCAACAAAUUGUGUCCAAAUUGAUCUACCAGUUGUACUUGUGUGCGGUCAGGACUUGAGUGGGAUCCAGUGCAGGUGGCUUUGUGACAGUGAACUGUUUCACUUUGAGAGGAGCUGGGAGGGGGGGAGGAGGAAGGAGGUGAGGAAAGAGUAUCCCUGACCCUACAGCGAGUGAAAAUCCCUUUGAACUGAACAAAGAAUUACACUGGCAUCGAUGGCUUCAAGAGGCGGGUGACUCAUCUGUUUAUCCUUCCAGCCACCUACAGGGAGGCAAGCAGACAGGUUGCAGCACAAAAGAAACCUCAUUCAGAAAAUUAUUCGUAUUUAAUAGUACUGUAAUGUUGUAUCACAGUAAUGUUACUGGGAGUCUUAACCAGAAAAUACAGCUGUGCUAACUUGUGAUCACUGAUUUGACGUAUUGGCCAUAUCCUGUGUUGAGACGUAGACCAUAAAAUCCUACGCAGAACACAUUAGCCACCUGUGAAUUGCUGUGCAAAUAUCAAGUGUAAUUUAAAAAAUAAAGUAAUUAGAAACUA